AUGGUUGAUACAUACUCGGGUGGUGAUAUCGGCACGAAAAAUGCCACCGAGGCAUUUGAGAUUCUUGAAAAGUGUGCCGUGAAAAACCGGAUGCAACAGCCCCCGAGGGGAAAGAGUUCUCGGCAGGGAGUUCAUCAUGUGGACGACUACACAGCCAUGACAGCACGUAUGGAUGCCUUAUCUUCGAAAUUUGAUCGAGUGAUGGAAAUGCACUCGAGAGGUUCUUCGAGUGGGGGAGCAUAUCAGGUAGGUGAUUUUCCGACGGGAGAGAUGUCACACGAGCAUGUUGAUUUCAUGGGAAACCAAUACCGUCCUCAAAACAAUCCCUACAGCAAUACUUAUAAUCCAGGGUGGAAGAAUCAUCCAAACUUUAGUUGGAAGCCCGAUGCUUCUAACCAGCAUCCACCCGGAUUUGCUCCACGUCCCACAGCUCCGACCCAUGGAGCAUAUGGUCCACCUCGUCCUCAGCAGACGCCUCCUUCUAGUGAUCCUAGUGUGCAUGAUAUGCUUAGUCAAAUCUUAGCUGGUCAAAACACUCAAAAAGCGGAGAAUGAGAAGCGUUUUAGGGAGUAUGACGGUCGUUUCACGAGGCACGAGAGUGAGUUGAGAAGACAAAAGGCUUCCAUGCAGGCCAUUGAGAACCAAGUUGGCCAGAUUGCCAAGAUGUUGUCUGAGAGACAACAGGGGGGCCUUCCGAGCAACACAGAGCCAAAUCCAAAUGCUACAGCAAAGGCCAUCACGUUGAGAAGCGGCAAGACCGCUCAGCCCAUCCCUCCGGCUGUUUCAGAAAAGCCAGUCGAUGACGAGGAGGUUGAUGAGGAGAUUGAGGCUGAGUCUCCGGGUGAGGUGCAACAGAGGCGAGUCCCAGCAAGUACCGCACGACCCAAGGAACCAGUGAGAGAGUAUGUCCCUCCCAUUCCAUAUCCAGGGAGGUUGAAGAAGCAGAAAAUGGAAGAACACUAUGGUAAAUUCCUCGAGCUUUUUAAGCAACUUCAUAUAAAUUUACCAUUUGUCGAGGCACUUGCUCAAAUGCCUAAGUAUGCCAAGUUUCUGAAGGAUAUCCUAUCCAACAAAAAGAAACUUGAGGAGCUUUCGCAAGUGACCUUGAAUGAAGAGUGUUCAGCGGUUCUUCAGAACAAACUACCGAAGAAGAUGAAUGAUCCUGGGAGUUUCACUAUCCCGUGUUUGAUCGGUAGUUUGUCGGUCAGCAAUGCGUUGGCUGAUCUUGGAGCUAGCAUAAACCUCAUGCCAUAUGCGGUUUUGCUAAGCUAG